AUGAAUUCAACACAUAUUUCAACUGAUCAAUUGUAUUUCAUUCAAUUCUUAUCAUCAAUACUACUGUUUAUUAUAAUAUUUACCACAAUUAUUGGCAACAUUUUGGUGAUUACAGCGGUGGUAACGACACCUAAACUCAAAAUACGAUCAAAUUAUCUGAUAUUAUCUCUUAGUAUAACCGAUCUAUGCGUCGGUGUAUUCCUCAUGCCUUUAAUGGCUUAUUACGAAGUCGUUGAUAUGGGUUACUGGAUGUAUGGGCCAGUUAUAUGUGACAUUAAAUACUUAAUGACAACAGUUUUUACAUUAGCAUCAUAUAUGCACCUCAUAUGCAUAGCCAUCGAUCGGUACCUAUCGGUCACAAGAAUCCAAUAUUCAAUGAAUAAAAGCAAAUCACAUGUAAUGGCAAUGAUUGGUAUUUCAUGGAUAUUACCCGUGAUUAUAACCAUUUGGCCCAUACUUGGAUUCAGAGAUAACCAGAUGUAUAGGGAUUUUAUGAAUGAAAAUAUAUGUCAUGCAAUUGGAAAUAACAAUGAUAUAAAUGAAUUUCAAAGACAACAAUCUGUGGAUAAAAAUGACAAAUUAAUGCGCCGGGAGUUCAAAGUGGCCAAGACUCUAGCUAUAGUUACCAUCGUAUUUGUGCCAUACAACGUUAUGAAUUAUAGGUAUAUCAUUAGUUCGCAAACACCAGAUUACAAAGAGUUAGCGUAUUUACGUACAACCAUUUGGUUAGCUUGCUUCAAUUCCACUCUAAAUCCAAUUCUCUAUGCAUUUCUUAAUAAAGAUUUUCGCGUUGCAUUCAAACGGAUAUUAUAUUAUAAUUGA